AUGGAAAACCGGGAGGGCGGGGCGGCUCCGGCCGCGCUCCACGAGAUCCGCGAGCCCAGCCCCGGCCCCGAGCCUGACCUGCACCUCGGGGCUGCCGCCGCCGCCGCCGCCGAGAGCGGCCCCGAGCCCGGCGCGGCCGCCGAGGCGGCCUCGGAGCGGGCGGAGCGGAUCGGAGCCCGCAGGAGCCGCGUGGAGAGCGGAUUUUUCCGCUUUUUCCCGCCGCAAUUUUUCGGGAAUCCACUCCCGGUGGCAGGUGGGGAAUUCCCAAUUUUCCCGCGGCCUUUUUUUUUUUGGAAUGUUCCCCCUUUGGAAUUGCAGUACCUGGAGCGGAAGCUGCAGGAGACGAGCGGGAUUUUCCACCUGAACAAGGCGAAGCUGGAAUACAACCUGGAAGUUCUCCGGCAGCAGGACCUGGAAAAUUCCGCGCUCCGAUCCCUCCAGAAAAGACGGAUCACCCGGCUCCAGGGGGCGCUGAGCAACUUGAAUUCCCGGCUGGAAAAGAAGGAGAGGAAAUUCCGGGAGGAGAAGCAGAGCUUGGAAUGCGACCGGGAGCGGCUCGAGGGGCGGCAGGAGGAGACCAGGAGCAGGAUGAGGCACUUUUCCGCGACGGGCCUGGAUCAAUUCCGGCGGCUGUGGCUGCUGAACGAGGCGGAGGCGAAGGAGCUGAUCCGGAAAGCUCUGGAAGCCGAUCGGCUCCUCCACGUCCAGCAGCUGGGAAUUCCCUGGGAAGAGCCGCUCCACCGCUUCCUGGAAAAUGUGGGACCCUUGGGAGAGAAGCCGGAGAAGCGGACGGCCCUCCGGGCGGCCCGGGAAGCGCUGGAAGGUGGGAAUUCCGGGAAUGUUCCCGGAGUGUUCCCGACGUUUCCCUCCCCGGGCCUUUCCCGGCCUUGCCGUUCCCGAUUUCCCUCUUCCCAGGCCCUCCGGAUCGAGGACGAGGACGACCUUUUCCAGCUGGUGGAUUCCUUCCUGAAACACAAAUCCCGGGAAGCGCCGGAGAAGAGCCAGAGCCAGGGAAGUGCAGGGGGAGAUCUCCCGGAUCCGGCUGAGGAGGGAGGAGCCGCUUCCCGGCAGGAGGAGCUCCGAUGCUCCCGGAAUUCCCGGAGCUCCGUGCGCGUCCACGUGGACGACGUCCCGAAGAUCCUGAAGGAAUUCCUGAGCAAUUUCGACCGGCUCAGGGACGCCGAGGCCGCGGCCGCCCGGGAAGCCCUGGAUAUCCGGGAUUCCUCCGGAGACGCGGAAUACUGGGAAGCGCUGGCCCACGUCAUCCCGGAGCCCAAGCUGAAACUUUGGGAUGCUCUGGAUGCGGCGCUUCUGGAAUACCACCGUGUCCUGAGCCGGAGAUCCGAGCUCCUCUCCCAGGCCACGCUCCUGCAGCAGCAGAACUCGGAGCUGGGAAUGCUCCUGGAGGAAUAUCUGCGUUCCAAAGCCAGCGGCUGAGCCGGGAAUUCCGGCCCCUUUCCGGCCGUCUCCUGCGGGGAGCGGAUCCAAACGUGUCCCGAGGAAUCGCUGGGA